AUGCCGCUAGCGGCGGCCCUCCUCGCGAUGGUCGCGCGUCACGUGCGGGGGGGCGGGGCAGCCGGGGAGCACCCCGGGGACACCCUCACCCCCCGCCCCCGGCCCGCAGCAGGCAGUGUCACAGAGGAGCGGCCGCCGCGGGAGCGCCAGCGCCCCCUCCCCCGCCGCCGCCGCCGCCGCCCCCCGGCCCGCCGCGCGUCGCCAACGCCCCGGGACCGGAGCCUCGCGCCGCCCGCCCGCCGCGGUAAGCGCCCGGCGGCCCCGCGGACCCCGGCCCGCGGCCGGGCCCGGGCCAGGCCCGCCCCCGACGCCGAGGCGGCCGCGCCGAGCUUGCGAGAGCCAGAGCGGGAGCGCGGGCCGCCGGCACGGACCCUCCCCCGUCUCCUCCCGAGGCCGCCGCCCCCGACGUCCGGUGCGCCCGCCCUCCAGCCCUCCCCGCCGGACCCUCCCCCGGCGCAGGCCGGGCCCCCGCGCCGCCGCGCCGCCCCGAGGGAGGCCGGCUCCUUCCCGGGGGGCGGUCGCCCGCGCCCCCGCACCUGGCGCCCCCUCCCUGAAGGGCACGCCGUCCUCCCGGGCCGGCCCGCCUCCUUCCCACCCCGCUGUCCUAACGGUAGUCCUCCGGCCCCUCGGAAGCCCGGCCCAGGCCCCCCACCUCUCCCCACCCGCCUCCUCCGGCCGGGGGCCCGGGACCCUAUUGCUCGGCUCUCUCCGGAGAUUUCCAUCAGCGCGCCUCCGGGUUCUUAUGGGCCUGAGCUGGGCCCGGCGGAUCUUAAAGUACAAGCUUUCCGUGACUUUGGCUAA